UUCCUGCACCAGAAAGAGACAAAUUCUGUAUUCUACUUGGAGUGAUCGACUAUUAACAAGAACAACAACAAGAAAAAGAGGAAUUUGCUGUUGUACUGUAAAGUGUCUAAAGGCGGUGACAUGGCAGAAUCCAGCUUUUCGGUGGCCCAGGAGCAAUUUACCUGUUCAGUGUGUCUAGAUCUACUGAGGGAUCCAGUAACUAUUCCCUGUGGACACAGCUACUGUAUGAACUGUAUUACAGAAUGCUGGAAUCAGGAAGACCCAAAAGGAGUAUAUAACUGCCCUCAAUGCAGACAAAGCUUCAAACCAAGACCUGCUUUAAAUAAAAGUACAGUUCUGGCUCAAAUGGUGGAGAUACUGAAGAAGACAAAAAUCCAAACUCCUGUCCCUGCUCAUUGUUAUGCUGGACCAGGAGAUGUGGGAUGUGACAUCUGUUCAGGAACCAAAUACAAAGCCAUCAAAUCCUGUCUGGUGUGUCUGACUUCUUAUUGUCAAAAUCACCUUGAACAUCACGAGACUAUAUUUAAAGGUAAAUCACACAACUUGAUGAAUGCCACUGGACGACUACAAGAAAUGGUCUGCCGAAAACAUGAUAAACAGUUAGACAUAUACUGUCGUACCGACCAGCAGUGCAUUUGCUAUCUGUGCGCAGUGGAUGACCACAAAACCCAUGACACUUCAACAGCUGCAGCAGAGAGGACAGAGAAGAAGAAACAGUUGGAAAAUUUACAAAAGGAGAUCAAGAUGACAAUUCAGCAGAGGGAUAAAGAUGUUCAGGAGCUUAAAAAGACACUGGAGUCUUUUAAGCGCUCUGCACAGGCAACAGUGGAGGACAGUGAGAGGAUCUUUACUGACCUGAUCAGCUCCAUUGAGAGAAACCGCUCUGAGGUAACACAACUGAUCAGAGAUCAGGAAAAGGCUGCAGUGAGUCAAGCUAAAGUACUCUUGAAGCAACUGGAGAAGGAGAUUGUUGAUCUGAGGAGAAGAAACGCUGAACUGGAGCAGCUUUCACACUCAGAUGAUCACAUCCAUUUCAUUCAGAGUUUCCAGGAUCUUGCAGUCAUUCCUAAAUCUACAGAUGUUUCCAGCAUUACUGCUGGUUCUCUCUUCUCUUUUGAUAUUUUGGGAAAAUCCAUUUCCCUUCUAAGAGGAAAACUUGAGGAUUUUUACAAAGAAGAGAUAGCAAAGAUAACUCGUAAAGUGAGAUGCAUUCAGAUAAUUCCUGCCCCGGAGCCCCAGACAAGGGAUGAAUUCUUACAAUAUUUCCAUCAGCUCUCACUGGAUCCAGACACAGCGCAUAAACAACUCUGUCUGUCUGAGGGGAACAGAGCAGUUCGAUGUACCGAAAAAGACCAGGAAUAUCCUGAUAAUCCAGACAGAUUUGAUAAUUGGGUUCAGGUGUUGUGUAGAGAGAGUGUAUACGGUCGCUGUUACUGGGAGUUUGAGUGGACUGGGCAUUUUGGUGUGGGUAUAUCAGUGUCGUAUAAGACCAUGAGUAGGAAGGGAGAUUUAAAGUCUCGGUUUGGAUAUAAUGAGCAGUCUUGGAGACUGCGCUGCACUUCCUACAGUUAUUUAUUUAGUCAUAGUAACAAACACAUUGAACUCCGUGUACCACCAAGCAGUUGUAGAGUGGGAGUUUAUGUGGAUCACGGUGCAGGAAUUCUGUCAUUCUACAAUGUUUCCGACACAAUGAUCCUCAUCCACAGAGUCGAGACCACAUUCACUCAACCUCUCUAUCCUGGGUUUUUAGUAUGUAGUGGAUCAACAGUAAAGUUGUGUGCUUUGUAACAGUUAACAUAAUUGUUUAACAUAACAUAAAGAAUUAUUAUUUUUUAAUUAGUUCAAAGAAUAUACAGUUGAACUUAUAUUCUGCUUAUAUACACUGUAAACCCAGAAGUCAAAUUUACUUUAAAAAAAUUGGAGGAAAGUUGUUAAAUAAAGUAAUAUGAACUAAAACAGGAGUACAUUUAAAAUGCCGGUCAGCAUUUUUUUCAAAUUUUCACAAAAUUUUUACAAAAUGCCUUCCAGGAAAAUGUUCUUCCAUAGUAAACAUGCAAAUAUAUCAAAUGAAAGAACAGACCCUCUGCUUUAAAUCAAACAAAACGGUACAAAAUGUGUAACUUGAAUUACGUAAUAAUAUUACUUUUCUGAAGUAACGAGUAAAGUAACACACUACUUUUUAAAUGUACACAUUAAUAUUUGAGUUACUUUUUGAAAAAGUAAUGCGGGUUACUUUUAAGUUUAAUUAAUUUAAUAAAAAAAAUAACGUACUGAAUUAAACUGAACUUAUUCCACGGGCCUGUUGAAUGCUUUAUUUUGAUUGGUUGAGAAAUGUUCCAUGGGUGUUGAUUCAUUUUCUGUAAACCGCACACCUAACCUGUCAAAUGUCUUAAAUAUAGGCACGAGAGCAAUGUUUGUAAAGGAAUUUUGUUAGAGAUCAGAUUCAGUACGAUUAUGAAAACAUACAGUUUAAAAUAUAUUAAAUUAGUUUUUGCUUCAGAUUUUUUAUAAAUUGGGAAAGAGUGCUAUCUUAGCAUAUUACAGAUCACCAUAUAAACUCAUCAGAAAAGCGUCAUUGGCAGGGAAAUGUUUUCUCUUAAUUGACGAGAUAACUCGUCAAUGGCGAGGAAGAGUUGUUCCCAUCAGUUCUUAUAUUUUGUGAUAAAGCAUAUAAUCAAAAUAUUCACGCACAGAGUAUUAUGGGUAUUCCUCACAACAUAUACUGAUCAUUUUAAGUUUAUUUCACUUGAAUGUUUUAUUUUAUAAAAUAUGUCUAGGUCUAACAUAUGUCCAAAACACAAAACAUUAAAUGAUGUUUACUUCAUUAAGUAAAUACAUUAUCUGGGUUAAAAUCUGUUCCACAGAUGUUUUCACCCCAAAAAUGAUUCUAAAUG